GUCACGUGUUGUGUGUGUGUACGGUAGUGUACGCUAGUUCUAACCUUGAGCGCUGAUUCUUAUAUGUAUUCGUUGAUGGGUUUUCAGCCCUACAGCAGUAAUGUUACAGAUGAAAAAUCGUUUGAAAUACUGCUCUGUCGCAGUCGCUGCGAACAGACUGGUUUCAGGUCCGCUGAAGAACCCUGUUGUCUUUAUGGAUAUCGCAGCUGACGACGAGUUCAUUGGAAGAAUUAUUAUUGAGCUUUAUGCUGAUGUUGUACCAAAAACAGCUGCAAAUUUCCGGGCCCUUUGUACAGGAGAGCAUGGCUUUGGAUAUAAGGGCUCAGUAUUCCACAGAAUCAUCCCUGAGUUCAUGUGUCAGGGUGGAGAUUUCACUAAUCAUAAUGGCACGGGUGGAAAGUCUAUUUAUGGAAAGAAAUUUAACGAUGAGAAUUUCAAGCUGAAACACACUGGACCAGGUGUACUGUCUAUGGCAAACUCUGGGCCGAACACAAAUGGAUCCCAGUUCUUCAUCUGCACUGCAAAAACAGAAUGGCUGGAUGGCAAACACGUCGUAUUCGGGCAGGUCAAAGAGGGUAUGGAGACGGUCUCUUUAAUGGAGUCCUAUGGCCUACAUGAUGGAGGAACUGUAAAGAAAAUCGUCAUCACAGACUGUGGAGAACUCAAGUAACAUCUCUUUCCCUCCCUAAAGGAGAGAACGGAGACGUCACGUUGGUGACCGACAAGUUGGGAUCCCAAUUCGUCGGUCACCGACGUGACUCAAAGUGACUGACUGAUGGGGAACCAAGGAUGCGAUCAAACAUUUUAACACAUACAUGUUUCCUAAGCACUUAUUGCCAUUUUAAUGUCAGUCUAUGGACACAUUAAGGUGUUUUAUGCUUACUAAGUAAGCAAAUGACUCAGUAAGUAUGGUGAUACUGAGCCCUACACAGCAAAUGUUGCUUAUGGUUCCAUAAUGCCAUGGGCCGUAAGGAAAUUUAUACUGUUAAAGCCUCUUUUCUUGAUUUUGAAAUUAGGAUAAAAGCUAUAUGGAGAUGUUUACCUUCUAAGAACUAUGCCAGAGAAACCCCAGGAGGUUUUUAAACAAAUAAAUUACACAUGAAACUGGUUUUGACAUAUGGAAUUUCUUCCAGGAUAUUUGCAUCCUG